AUGAUGACGUGUCGGCUGGGCUCUCGGCGGCUGGGGGGUUCCGGAGGAUCAUUGCAGCCCGGCACAGCGUGUUCCGCCGCCAGCGAGCUUGAUUUGAGCUCGCGCCGCGCACACAAAUCUAGCCAUUACAGAUUAAAAUUGCUGGGCGCAAGCGGCGAAGCCCCACUUUUGGGGGGAUGGCGAAGCACCCCACAUACGCCGCGGGCGCCCGCUACCCCAGCGCAGCAUCAGUCGCACAAUCAUCUCGCUUCGAAUUGCAACGGCACAGACAGUAGCAGUAGAAAUCUCAGACGGCGUUCAACAUACACAAGCGGAAGAUUCGGAUUCGGACUAUCAUUUUCAUUUGUAUUCGACCCGGCCGGUCGCCUAUGCUACUACUGGUCCAUGGUGGUCUCCCUCGCCUUCCUCUACAAUCUAUGGGUCAUCGUAUAUAGAUUCGCAUUUCAAGAAAUUAAUGGUGAAACGUUAAUAGUGUGGUUUUGCUUGGACUACUUCUCGGACUUUUUAUAUAUAGUGGACAUAGUGUUUCAUUUUCGGACUGGUUAUCUAGAAGACGGUGUGUUACAGACAGAACCGGCAAAAAUGCGGCAACAUUAUAUGAACUCAACAACGUUCUACAUAGAUUGUCUAUGUUUAUUACCGCUUGAUUUCCUCUAUUUGUCUAUUGGUUUUAAUUCAAUACUACGCUCAUUUCGACUCGUGAAAAUCUAUCGUUUCUGGGCGUUCAUGGACAGAACGGAGAGACACACAAAUUAUCCAAAUCUGUUUAGAUCAACAAGUUUAAUUCAUUAUUUAUUAGUGAUAUUCCAUUGGAAUGGGUGCUUGUAUCAUAUUAUAUAUAAGAAUAAUGGUUUCGGUAGUAAAAACUGGGUGUACCACGACACGGAGACGGCGGAUGUUGUCAAGCAAUACCUGCAGAGUUAUUAUUGGUGCACGCUGGCUUUGACAACGAUAGGUGAGUACACAAAUUACAUAAACAUUAUUUAUAAGUAUCAAUAG